CUUGCUGAAGACCAAUCAGCACAGGUGCUCUGUAGUACAUAGCAACCCACCAUGGUUACAGUGUGUGUCAACAUGUGUAGUUACUAUGGUGGAGGAAAUAAAAGACCACCAAGCUCCACCCCAAAGCCAGUCAGCGCCGGGCGACAUCAAGCAAGAGAAAGACAAGGACAAUGCAGGCGAUACUCCUAGUGACUGUCUUCUCCUGUCUUCUUGGGGCUGCAAACGGAGCUGCGGCCGCACUCAAUGCCGCAUGCACUACUACGGAUGGCUGCACUGAUACCAACGCCGAAUGUUCAGAUGCAAAGUGUGUCUGCAAAACUGGAUUCACUGAGGAUAGUGGAAGUUGCGCUGCCAUCCCCCAAGGGAAAGUAAACGCAGCCUGUGACACAACAACAAAGAAAUGUACAGGAACUAAUGUGGACUGUACAGGCGGGUUCUGUACUUGUAAGGCAGGUUCUUCUGGCAGCAAAGGCGCCGAUGAUUGUACUAUUACACCAGGAACCGCUGGUGGGGCUUGUUUAGCAUCAAGUCCUGCCUGCACUGGCGACACUUUAGUAUGUGAGACAGAUGUGUGUAAGAAGAAAGGUGGACAGACCUGCUCUGCUACCACUGAGUGUGUUUCAUCGUCUACCUGCUCCACCACGUGCACGUGUAAUGAUGGCUACAAUACAGGGUCGACUGGCGAGUGUACUAUCAUCGCCGAAGGGAAAGUAAACGCAGCGUGUGAUGCAACUAGGAAUUGUACAGGAGUGAACGAUGCCUGUACAAACGGGUUUUGCAAGUGUAAGACAGGUUUUUCUGGCAACAAAGGCGACAAUGAUUGUAGCGGAGUUGCUCCCCAGUACGUGUCCUCCUGGCUCCUCACCAUCAGUAUUAUCUUGUGUUUGGUGACUUUGAGUCUGCCAUAACACAACCUUUGACCUUCCACUCAGACCUAACACCCAAAAAUGAACUUUGCUCUAUCGACUUCUGAGACUGUAAUUUUUUUUUAUAAAUUUGAUGAAACGUCUUUUAAGACGAACUGAGAAAAUAGUAGGACAAUCGAAAACUACAUGCCAAGAAUGCAAACUUUCAAAAAGAUAUUUCUAAUUGUAUUCAUAGGAAAGCGAAGGAAAAGAAAGAUUCAAAGCAUAGAGAUGGUGUAGUGGAGAAGCCAAGCAAUUGCAAAGACAUUUACCAGCAUAAAUACAAAUACAAAAAGAAAACAAGGUAAAAAAAAAGCCAGUUAGACCUUAUUGUUUUCUAGUAUAAAAUGAUGACGAAUGGUGUAAAAUUUGCUCUAAAGUAAACGCUAUUAUUUAACCUGGUAUUAUAUAUAUAAGAUUGUUAAUGUUAAUGUACACCGUCGAAGGUUUUCCAUUUUUAUUGUGCACAUUUUUUCUUCUCUUUUGAUUGUCUUUGAUGGUUAACUUAAAUCCAUAGGGUGACAAUUACAAUUACAAGAUAUAAGGUCGCGUGUUUUGAGUAAAACAGAUUUCCUACCAAUUACUCGAAGAAGAAAAAUUCUUUUAUGGAGGCUCUAAGUGAGGGGCACUUUCGUCUUACAUUUUCUUCUUUUUUCUCUCUCACACCCUCUUCUUCGUUGUUCCCCUCCCUCUCUUUCUCUCUCUCUUCCUCUCUUGCAUCUUCACUGUAUGAACCAGAUGUUAUCGUCUGGUGAAAGUUAGGGGCCUCCAUUGAAAAGAAUUUUGUUGUUACCUAUGGUUUGAAUUUAUAUUUCCGUAGAAGCUCUUUCACACAUUUCAGUCCUUCACGUCUUCUUUUCUUAAUUUUGACUUUCAAUAGAUGAUAUUUACAGUAUGAUGUCUGUACUCUAAACGUGUGUUUCUUUCUAUUGCUCUCAGUGAAUGCAAAAUCACAUU